AUGAAUUUCGGCGGCUCGAUUCAAUUACCCGCUAUUACACCAAAACCUACUAUACAAAACUUUAUAGAUAGAGCUUGUAAUCCACAAUUAGUAGAACCAGAUUUAGCUUUAAAUUUGGAAAUAGCAGAUUUGAUUAAUCAGAAAAAACAAAAUUAUCCACGAGAUGCUGCCAUGCAUAUAGUCAGACUUGUGAAUCAUCGGCAUCCGACUGCAGCCAUGUUGGCUUUGAUGCUUUUGGAUAUUUGUGUGAAAAAUUGUGGGUAUCCUUUCCAUCUACAAAUAGCAACCAAAGAAUUUCUGAACCAACUAGUUCAUAGAGCUUGUAAUCCACAAUUAGUAGAACCAGAUUUAGCUUUAAAUUUGGAAAUAGCAGAUUUGAUUAAUCAGAAAAAACAAAAUUAUCCACGAGAUGCUGCCAUGCAUAUAGUCAGACUUGUGAAUCAUCGGCAUCCGACUGCAGCCAUGUUGGCUUUGAUGCUUUUGGAUAUUUGUGUGAAAAAUUGUGGGUAUCCUUUCCAUCUACAAAUAGCAACCAAAGAAUUUCUGAACCAACUAGUUCGUAAAUUUCCUGAAAAAUCACCUGCUAUUCCUAAUCCAAUACAAUUAAAAAUAUUGGAAUUUAUUCAAGAAUGGAAAAUCACAAUUUGCACAACUUCUCGAUAUAAAGAUGACCUCGUCCAUAUCAAUGAUAUGUAUCGUUUAUUAGUAUAUAAAGGCUACAUAUUUCCUGAGGUUGAUAAUCGAUCUGCAUCUGUUCUUAUCCCUAAGGAGACAUUGAAAUCACCUGAAGAAUUAGAGGAAGAAGACAGAGUUGCUCAAGCAGCGAAAUUACAAGAAUUAAUUCGUAGAGGUAGACCUGCAGAUCUAGCAGAGGCUAAUGAACUUAUGAAAAUUAUGUCAGGAUAUAAUCAAGAGGCAAAACCAGAUUAUAAAAAACAGGUCAAUGAAGAGCUGGAGAACAUACAACAUAAAGCUAUACUUUUAAAUGAUAUGUUAAAUAAUGUCAAACCCAAUGAAAAAAUUGGUAGAGGCGAUAUAUUCGAGGUGAAAUAA